GCGGUAACAUUUGCUGACCUAGUUCCCUCGACCAGUAAAAAUAGCGGUUGACAAUAGCUCAAACACUAUUUUUAGUGCGUAUUAUCUAAAAUCACAAUCUACACAGCCUUAUCUUUCACGUCGUUAUUAUACAGCGGAGAAAUCAGUCAAAACGCGAGCCGUGGCCACAGCGCAACGCGCUACGCUGGUAUACACAUAUAAAGUCCUCAGUGUUACAAACAAAAUCGAUACCGACCAAAAAGGCAGUGUACGAGUUGUUUUUCCGUGUGAGCAUUAGUGUAUGUUUAGUCGUCGCUAGUUUUUUUAGUUUAGUAAACAAGGGAACAUGUUUUGAAUAAAAUUAAUCGAAAAAUCACCAUGGAGGGCAUCGCGAAGAGAUAUAUUAGGAGCGAAUCGGCCAGUUGUGCUCAUAUAGUGGAGGAGAGCGCCGCAAACAAUAGAAAGAGUGCGGAUCCUCACGAGAAGUUGAAGGCCCUGUUGAAUUCUCCGGAGGAGGACACGGACGACAGUUUACCACCAUCGGACGCUCCCAAAUUCGGGACCGUCAUUCACAAUAGAAUAUUCGUGGGUGGUUUCUCCCUGACGACGACGGACGAGGACCUAUGGAAGUUCUUCUCCGGGUUCUCCACGGUCACAGCGGCCAGGGUCAUUUACGACCGAGCUGGUGUCUCCAAGUGCUACGGCUUCGUCACAUUCGCCAGUCCGCGGGUUGCGAGACUUAUUGUUAAACAGAGUGGAGGAGUCAUGUUCUCACCGCUGGGUCGUCUUCGAGUUGCGCAGGCAGUGCGGAAACAGAUAAGUCAGAUCCCGAUGCUCUCAUCAGAAGCGACACCGCUCCAGGCGCCGCUGUGCUACCAGCUGCUGUGUCCACCGCUAGCGCCGCUACCGGCGUGCGGGCCCUGUGAGAUACCACCGCCUCCAUACGCAGUGUACCCUCUACCUUUUGACACAACCCCCAUCUACGGUCCGCCGCAAUACGCGCUGGUCCCCGCGCCCUACUCCGCGUGCUGCGAGCCGUCGUGCUGCGCCGACAAGCCGCGCCUGCCGCCGCCCCUCCACCCCGCCUUCAUUUACUGAUGCCUGUGAGAACACCCACGCCUAGUAAAAUUCCGUUAGCCUGACUUAGAAUAACCCCAUUUAAUAUUAA